AUGAGUUCGUAUAUUUCCGAUAUCGCGACCUCGAACACACAGUUCGAAGGUACUAUUUUAAAUGCUGCCUCGACUCACGAUUCCAUCACUUUUACUUUUUUGAUCGAGGAAGCCUCUACGAAGAAACCUUUUAAAGUCUGUUUCAAUAACCUGUUUCUAAGAGACGCUUCUCGCUCUCCAACUUCUGUGGAUGCAAAGACUGGACAAAAACUGUUCACUACUGGCCAAUUGGCUUUGAAGAAGAUUCACACCAUUCCUAACGUGAUCAAGAUCUCUAAGGAUUCUCAAUCGGUGAACAUUACUUGGAAAGAUGGUGACUCUUACGAUUAUCCAUUGGAUUUCCUUUAUAGAUAUAAAGGUUCCACUUUUGCAACAAGAUCCUUAAGAAAUCAAUCUUCUAUGUUUAGACCAAUCAUUUGGAAUAAACAUAGAUUCGAAAACUCCAUGGAACAUUUUGAAACUGACUAUUCUAAAUUCAUGGAAGAUGAUAGAACUUUAUUCGAUGCUCUUAUUAAUUUACAAAGAUAUGGUUUGACUUUAAUUACAAACUUACCAAAGGAAGAAUCUCAAAACCCAGAAUUAUUAAAAUCGUUAUGUGAAAGAAUUGGUCCAAUUAGAAAAACUGUGUACGGAGAAACUUUUGAUAUUAAUAACUUAAAAGAAGAUGAUACUCAUAUUUCGUCAACUAACAUUAAAUUACCUUUCCAUAUGGAUUUACAAUAUAUGCAACAUGUCCCAGGUUUUAAAUUUAUUCAAUCCAUUAAGAAUGAGACUAAAGGUGGAGAAAAUUUCUUUGUUGACGGCUUCAAUAUCGGUCGUUCAAUUAGAGAACAAGACACUGAAGCUUAUGAAGCUUUACAAAUUGUUCCGGUAAAUUAUAAAUAUGCUAAAGGCGAUAUGCGCUACUUCGAAUCUCGUCCAGUGAUCGAACAAAAUGAUACAAGUGAACAUAACAUCGAACCCGCUAACUAUGAAUAUCUGAUUAGAAAUGUCAAUUACUCUCCACCUUUUCAAGCUCCUUUCACUUAUGGUAUCUACAACAAGAUUCCAAAGGAUACCGAUUCAGAAUCAACAGAUACAGAAAAUUGUAUCUUGACUGCCCCAGGGAAAUUGAUCGAAAGAUUUACUUUUAGCGAUUUUGUUAGAGGGUUGGAGAUGUUUGAAACUUUAACUCACGAGGAAAAAAAUCAAUUCAUGAUUAAAUUACCAGAAAACUCUUGUAUUAUCAUGAACAAUAGAAGAGUCCUACAUUCAAGAAACAAUUUCGAAACAAAUAACAAAGAAGACACAAGAUUGUUUAGAAGUUGUUUCUUAGAUAGUGACCAUUUCAAGAGUAAGAUGAAAUACUUGGAAGAAAAAUUUGACUUAUGA